AUGACAACUACAGCGAGUCUUGAUAUAUUAAAGAAUGAAAUCACUGAAUAUUUAACUCCCAAUCCAGAAAAACUCGACAAAUACAACAAAAUAUUGAUCGAAUUCGCAGAAAAUCCAAAAACUCCAACACAUUCAUACGCACAAAUUGGAGAAUUGCUUAAAGACAACGAACAACUCUAUGAAAAAUUUGUAAAUGCAGCAUGCUUCUAUACAGUCACAGAAGAACCAAUAGAAAUAAUUGGAAAUUUCUUAAGAUAUAUUAUUUCAAUCAAUCCUGAUAAAGAAUCAGGUUUUGAGAAAGCAUUUACAAGGUUAGUGGCUUUAUUCACUAUGGAAAUGAUCCCAAUUGAUUACUUUAAACUCAGAGUUACAGAACUUACUUCUAAAUUUAGUCCUGAGCUUCAAGAAAAAGUCAAAGACUUAUCUGAUAAAUUAAAUCCAGAUAUUCAUGCUUCUCGUGAUGCUCUUAUGCACAGAAUUACGAAGAAUCAAUCAAUUGCAAAAAGUUUACCUGCAGAAUUCAUUGUCCAUCAAUCUAACGCACCGUUGCAGACUCUUCAGCUUCUUGCCAUGAUUGGAAAUUGCUUUUCUGAAGAACAAAUCAAGAGUUCACUAAAAAUCCUCGAUUUAUUCUCAGUACAGCUUCUCAAGCUUGAACAUGCAUCAAUUGUAAUUAAACAGUAUAACGAAUUCGUCGGAAACUUCUUCGAAAACCUUGCAAAAACAAUUUCUCCAAUUAACUUAAAUCCUGUCAAGAUUUACAAGCUCGCAAUUACAGAUCUCAAGCCCAACCACAUCAAAUGGGCUGUUGGCCAGCAAAUCUACGACUACAUCUCUACAAAUGAACCUCCAAAGUAUACAACACCAUUACAGAUGGCCGUAGCCAGGAAAAUGCAAGAGAAACCAGAAGAAGAACGCGAUGAUAGAAACGCUGCCCCAUAUAUCGCUGAACUUCGAACAAUGAAAAUGUUUUCAUCGAUGAAAAGUAUCGUAAAUGCGGCCAGGAAUGGUGAUACAAUAGUCGUUGCUGAACCAGUAAUCAAGUCCAUCAUAGGAAAUUUCGAUGGAGUGAAUAGAUCUCCGGCAUUUUUCACUCAACUUUACAAAAAGUGCCAAUCCGUUGGCGCCUUUGCUCUUGAACAACUAGAUAUGUUAGAGAAUGACACAACAUCACGUAUGGACAAAUCCAGUGAUGAUUUCCGUGUUCAUUACAAAUCAUAUCUUAAACAACCGGCUGUUUUAAGAAGAAUCGUUCUCAAAGGCAUCAAUAUUCCAAAGCCAAGCGAAGACAAGCUCCAAGAACUCCGUACAUUGAUCAGAGAGUUCAUUUUCGCAUUUCCAGAUGUUGAUCAGUCACUUACUGAUGAUAUGGUUGAUGAUCUCAAUAGUGGAUCACAUAUUCUCACUGAAUCAUCUGCUUUGGCCGUUUUCUAUGCCCUUGAAUUGCUUAAUAACGUAAAUUCAAAAGGAAAUGAAGCUCAUACGAACCUUGGAGAGACAGUUCUUAACUCAGACUCCCUUAAGAGCGAUUUCCCACAGAGUAUUCUCGCUCAAAGUGACCUUAUUUUCGCAAGAAUCGCAAGAUGCUUCAACAACGCGAAGAAAGUUGAAGGAUUCAACCACUUCAACUUCAAUCCUGCUAAAAUGCUUGGAAAAUAUGAUAAAGAUUUCCUUUUCAAGCUCGAUGUAACAGAUACAAUCGUUCUUGAGGCUUUUCCUAAUCCAGCCAAGAAAAUUUCCGCUUAA